GCCACUCAUCCGCAUAAGAGCAUUCAUUCUGUGCUUUCGAUGAUUGCAUCUUUGCACGGAUACACUUUUGAUGAAGCGAGCCAACUCGCCGCCCGUUCCGCCUCCAGAUGGCGACCCCAAACGAACGAAAGCAUGCUACGAGGAUAGGGAUGACAUGAAGGACUUGUCCAGCUUGUCCUUGGAUGACAUGGAUGACGAUGGCAUCGGCGCCUUUGGCAACAUGGACCACGACGCGCUUCUCUCGCAACCUUACCAAGCCAUGAUGCAGUCUCCAGAGGAAGGCUGGCCCGACGACAACGACGACGACAACGACCUCCCAAAUGACGACGGACUUCUUUUUGACCAAGGCCACGCUAUGGGCGUCCCUCUAUCGUAUUCCGCCAUGUCCGCAUCCGCGUUCCGAAGCUCGUCGCAGGAGAUGAUGGGAUGGCGACUAAGCAGCCCUCCUUUAAGCACCGCGUCAAACCGUCGCAUCAGUUUGGGCCCUGUGCACAUAUCUGCGGCCAUCGACCUUCCGGACAGCUCGUGCUCGGCCGCCAACGCCGACACCAUGCUGGACGACGAACUGUCGGCGGCCUUGUCCCCCGAGGACGAGGUCCAGUUCCACCACGUCGUGUACUACUUGCAGCUGCAUCCAAAGCUCGUGAACCAGCUCUCUCGGCGGCAACUGAACGCGUUCCGAGCGGCGGGGCUGCUGCAGAUCGAAGUCAGCGCCCGCCGUCGAUCCGUGACGAUCACGCGAGAGAUGCUCACGUCAGGCCCCAUGGCGUUCAUGUUUCCCCACUACAAGGCGUUCUUCAGCUCCAACCACGUGACGUUUCAAUGGCAGGCCACGGCCAGCGGUGUGGAUCUGACCCUCACCAACACGAGUCGGCACCCUCUGUUUGUAGGAUUGCAAGUCUUACGUACGUUUCACUACGAUCGGUAGUAUCUUGCCCUAUAUAUAUAUAUAUAUAUAUAAUCCCUCGUAGACUGGUUUAUACAUGUAUAUACAUACCUGGUGGAAAUAUAUAUAUAUACUUGUGUUUGUCGUGUGAAAUGAUGGAUGUAGCGCCGCAACAGACAAAAGCCCUGGCAUUGCACGACGAAAUUCGAUUGCUUGUGUCUCCUGCCAAGUUCCUCUUGCUCGGUUACGUCGUGACCAACCACGAGAUCCCGCCGCCGCCGCACCCUCCUUGUCAUAAUGUGCUAGGCGUUCUGUUUGCGCACCCGAUAUUAAACUACAGUAGCCUCGGCCUCUCGCUCAAUGUACUACCACAAUAUAUACCCCACGUCAUGCUCGUCGUCCACACCUCUGUAUUUUCAAUGUCACAGAAUCGAGAUGUCCACACCAUGCACACGUCCAUGAGCACCCGACUGGUCAAGUACAUGCAGAUGUCGGAGCUCCGCGUGAACGAGACGGGGCUUCCCGUGACAUUCACGCCACAGCCAGUGGAUCUGGCCGUGGAGUUUGCGUCGUGGGAUGUGCUGACGGACCUCGUCGCCGACGGGUGCCAGAUGCUCCAUGUGGCGUGCGCGGCGACCUCUUCCGCGCUCAUCUUGGAGGACGGCCGCGGCGGCGCCUUUUCCGUCGACGUCGAUCAACUCACGCGGCUGUUUCGUGGCUCGGCGGUGCAAGUCGUGCAGAUCUCUGUCUACCACAACGGAUGCCCCACAGCCCAUCAGUUGCUGCUUGAUGCAGGGGUGCCAUAUGUUGUGGCCGUGGCGCCGCAUACCCGCGUGGUCCCGUCGUCGCAAUUGCUUUGCUUUUCCACCAAUUUUUACCGAGCGCUUAUGAGUGGCAAGUCUAUCCAAACGAGUUUCCACUUGGCCAAACACAGCACCAGACUGCCGAGCGACACGUUUUGCCUGUAUGCGCAAUCCAAUGGCCACCACGGCAUGGAGGUGCUGUAUCCGUUAACGGACAAGCCAAAGGCGACCCCCACGUUUCGAUCGGUGCUGCGAAAAGGCAGUUUGUCGUUUGCCGUGUGCAAAGAAUUCACGCAUCGGUUGAACGAAGCCCACGAUAUUUGCUACCGACUGCUGGACCCGCUCCAUCACACGCGAUUCAUCGACAUCCACGGCCCGCCUGGCAUCGGCAAGACGCAGCUGGCUCUGGCGGUGACCCAAUACGUGAGCUUUCGCGGCACGUUUGAUGGCGGCAUCCGCGUGCUGCAUGUGAAGGACGUAGUCGAGCGGAAAGGGGCGCAGCAUGCAGUCGUGUGGUUGCAGCGGAUAUUUAUGGACAUCAAGGACAACAGUGGCCGGGCCAAGUCGUUCUUGGUGGUGCUCGAUGGCGUCGAAGUGUUUUUCCACACGCCGUACCAUGCCGUGGUCGUGCUGGACUUUGUUCCCGCCAUCUUGAACGAGAUGCCGAAUGUGACUAUCGUAGCGACGACGUUGCAAGCGGUGGCGCUGUCGUCGUCGCCGUCGUUCAAGCAGUUCCACGUCGGCCUCGACUCGAACCCUGGCGGCUUGUUUACGGUACACUUCCACGCGCUGUCGUCCGACUCGUCCUUGGACGACACCACGCGGCUGCCUCAUGAGAACUACGACACGGCGCAUGAACCUGCAAGUCCAACCAAUGCGGUUGCCGCCGCCGCCCCUGCCAACUGUUGCAUCAUGUGAGAUUUCACAUGUCAACUAAGAGUGCUAAUCCAAAAAAGUGAAACGGCCAACGCGUUGAUUGGGUGGAACUGUAAACUGGCAUUAAAUAGAUUAUACGUAGACUGGUUCACAGGCACGGAAUCGAUAGAACUGCCACUCGCUGCCGAUGGGCGACGACGAUAGCCAGUCCUGUGCGGCGACUACCAUCGGGAGAAGGUGCGGCUCACGAGGGUGCGGAAGAAAGAGGGCCGCUUGGAUGGUUGUGUCCUACGACUGGUCGUUCCAUCGUGGGAGGCUUCGGCAUCGCUGAAGCACGAGUUUUGGAAGGGAUGAUUGAAGUCCACAGCGACUUGCGGCGACGUCACGCUAACCGACAAGUGUUGAAAGAGGAACUGACGUUCCCGUCGAGCAAGACACAAGACGCAAACGAUCACGUUGGCGGGGUCGGCGGUGGGACUCACGGCGACCUUCUUUGUGACGCAGUCCAUGCAUACCACAUCUCCACACUGCAACAUGUCAAUCGUCAUGCAUAUGUGGACUGGAAGGACGUACCGUGCGGCAAUGGUGUUUGUGUCGGAAAAGCGAGAAGCGUUCGUUGCACAUGGCGCAGGUGGUGCGCGCAUCAUCCGGAAUCCAAUGCUCCCGUGGCGUGAUCUCAUGGGGUCGGAUGCAGUCGAGGACGUGGCGAAACAUGCCAGCAAGCAAAUACGGAAAUGUGGCCUGGUCAACGGACGACGUCGAGCCAGUGCAGCGGCUUAGGCCGCAGCUUUGCUGUCCUCAAGCGCUUCAGCCAAUGGAACUGUGCCAGGAAGCCGCUGCGAAAGAGUGUCCAUGUCGUUUCUGGCCCCAUGAUGCCAGAUAGAGGAUGAAACUGUUUUGAGCGGUAUCGAUUGGUCGAGCAUACUAAACUCAAGUUUGGUUUUC